AGAGAUAAUUGCAACAACAACGGCAUUGGUUAACAAUAACUUUUGCAUUGCCACAACAGCCGUUUCAACGUUACCAAAAUUAAUCCGCUUUUAAUCUUGCCAAAGGCUGUUAUUUCAAGGAUCUAACCCUGCCAGAAUCAUCAUAAUCGUCAGCCGAGCAGGGUGGUUUGGCUCUGUAGGGCAAAUUUUAAUCGUGAUAUCGUCGAAAAUAAUAGAAAACACUUGCCUUGAAAGCUGCAUCAGUGGAUUUAUCCUCAUAAUUUCAUAUGUACACAUAAAAUAUUGUACAAAAUAUUAAGAUACUGUUUUUUUUUUUAAUGUAAUUAUUAUUAUGUUCCGGUAUUUUAUUCAAAAUUAAAAUUUCCGUUUCCUAUCGUACAAUCCCGCACAGCUGUUUUUCAUAUUGAUAACCAAUUCUUAUUUAGCAAGUACUUGAACCUAUCGUGCCUGCCUUUCCAAUUACUUUUUACACACCAACGAUGACGUUUCUGAUUUUCUUUGCGUUGUGCAACUAUAUUAGUUCCACUUUUAAAACAUGCCAUAUUUAAGACUUUGUGUAGUUUUUGCACAAUACAACAAAAUUAUACAGUUUGUAAAUAGUAUUUUAAAUAUAUUUUUCAAACGAAAUUAUUUUAAGAGAUAGAGCAUAAAUUUACAACUGAAUAUUUGUUUACAGGGCUUACAUUAUCAGUAGCGUUAAGAAAUUAAAACCAAAAUGCGUUAUGUGGCAGCAUUAUUUUACUAUUCUAUAUAGUAUUUCUGAAAUUCGCCGACAAGUGCAGGAAAAUAUCAAAAAUAUUGCAGAAAAUCUUAAAUUUUUUUGUGUAGCACAAAUUUGACAAAAUUUUUGAACCUGACCCAAAAGACAAAUGAUGAAAUAAAAGCAAACAGGUGUAAGGAGGUGGAAAUUCUUGAGGGCAGUGUAAAAAGACUCAUUUACAUAGAGCUCUAGGUAUUGUUGACGACGUUUACGACAUUGACGUUAACGUUGUGACAGUGGCGUGAGCUACUGCAAAACCAGAUCUAAAGCGAUAUCGACGACGUUGGCAGCAUAUCAGCGUUGUGCGUAAAACAAACAAACCAUGGGGAUCAACGUCAGCAGACAAGCUAAUCUCUCCGAGAAUGAGCUUUUGCAACGUUUUGUCGGACGUACACAUAUUCCACCAGACGCUGAGGUGUUUUGGAAUGCACUUCUAAACUAUCAUAUAACAAUACCGGAAGAUAGUCAAGAACAGCUAAAUUUGGAUUCACGUUUGGAGACACUUUGCCAAUUGUUCAUCAGUAACAAUUUAAAGACGGGAAAUUUUGGUUCAUUUAUAGCUGUGUUUUUGCACAAAGCAUCAGAAUUACUAGCUUUAUCCGACAAAGAGAGUAAUGUGCACAUUUGGCAAACAUUCAAUGCGCUCUUCAUCAUACGUUCGUUAAUUAAAUACAUCAUCGAGACCGGAUCAGAGUUUCAGCUAUUGCAACAUUUUGAAGCCAUACCAAGUGCUGAGUUGUUGCGUGCAGAGGAAGAUGCUGCAGCAACAGGUGUGCACGGCGAGAAUGCCAUCAUAGCGGUUGAGGCAACGGAGGAGGACGCUACUGCUAACUUGCUACUGAGGGCAGCGGUCGUCGUUGACGGUGCAAAGUUCGAAAGAUUCAUUGAUGCGCUGGUCAAUUUGAUUGUGGUGAUUCCAGUCAAGGAUUUCACAUAUCACUUGCAUUUGGAGGCGGUGAACACAUUCAUCACUCUGCUCUCUGUACAUCUAUUCACCGAACAACCCACAGAGAAAUCAAUAAUUUUUAGAACUAUAUACAAAUGUCAGCAUGCAAAUGUGCUCGUCUCGGCGCUAUUACAUUUCGUGGCACGUAUGAUAGAAGUGCCACACACAAUGUUCGGUUCGUCAACGUCCGGCUCAUUUGUCUUUGGCAUCGCCGAGUCUUUACUCUCCAUUUUCACAUUUCGCAAACAACAGGACGUAUUGAAAGCAACCAGCGCUUCAGGUGCUGAACUCUCACAACAAUUUCGUGAUCAUUAUCCACUCGCCAAUCAAAGUCUUCUACUCAUACUCAUCUUAACGAAUCACUGUACCACUAAGGAUAAUCCAUAUCGUGCCAGCCUAUUUGGCUGUGCCGAUUCGAAAGACUCACCCAAAGAUGGCGCUUCCUUUCAAAUCGAUUUCUCUUCGGUUUAUGAAACACUAUGCCGCAUUGUGACCAUUGAUCAGGCAACAUUGUUACUUUAUCUUCUGCUACAUCGAAAUGAACGUUUCUAUCGCUUUGUAAUGGCACAAAAUGAUGUUGAAAAUUUGGUUAUACCGAUAUUGCAGACGCUCUACCAUGCGCCGGAUAGCACUUCUCAUCACAUCUACAUGUCACUCAUUGUCUUGCUAAUACUGAGCGAAGAUGAUGGCUUCAAUAAGAAUGUGCAUAAUAUAAUGCUUAAAAAUAUACAUUGGUACACCGAGCGCACUAUUUCCGAAAUAUCACUGGGCGGCCUUCUCAUCCUGGUUGUCAUACGUACUAUACAGUACAAUAUGUUGAAGAUGCGCGAUAAAUAUUUGCAUACGAAUUGUUUGGCAGCGCUGGCGAAUAUGUCGGGACAAUUUCGUGCAUUACAUCCAUAUGUAGCGCAACGACUGAUAUCACUCUUCGAGACAUUAGCGCGCAAGCAUACACGGCUCGAUGCACAACUGAAGGAGCCAGUCAAUAAUGCUGUGUCUGUUAAUGUUACAACAACACCUGAGGAUAUGCUACAAGAUCUCACAGUGCUGGAGGAGGUGUUACGCAUGGUUUUGGAGAUACUCAACUCGUGUCUAUCGAAUCAGCUCGUGUACUGUCCAAAUCUAGUGUACACAUUGCUUUACAAGCGCAGCGUGUUCGAAAGUUUUCGCAGUCAUCAUGCGUUUCAAGACAUCAUACAAAACAUCGAUAUGGUUGUGGGCUUUUUUUCAUCGCGUCUGCAGCGCGUGCAGGAGCAGCGUGGCGAAUUAGGUGUCAAUGAAGUGUUUGAGGUUAUAUCGAAGGGCGCUAGCCAGUGGUCUAGUGAUCGCUUGCGGAAAUUUCCCGAUCUGAAAUUCAAGUAUGUUGAAGAAGAUGCCCCAGAAGAGUUUUUCAUUCCAUACGUUUGGACGUUGGUGUGCAAAUACGGUUGCGUGCACUUUAGUUCAGAGAGUAUUAAAGGUGUGACCACAGAAAUACAGUGCUAAUACGAUACGACAAUAGGCGCAAAGCAUAUUUAGCAGCUACAACACAUACUAAAAAACACCAACUGUUGGUGGGGUACUUGCAGGGUUGAGAUGCAAUUGCUAGCCAUGCUGUUGCUGCUGCUGCUAGUUUGACGAUGCAGGCUAUUGCUAUCAGCUUUGUGUAGCAUAAUUUAGACUACUACAUAAAUAUUUUUUUGUUUUCUGUUAGCUUUUUAAAUUUCCGCCAGCCACUACAAACAAAUACACACACAUAUAUAUUGGAACGGUAAAAGCGCAGCAAGAACGCAAAUUACAUUUUGUUUAUGUAGCAAGGGAUUUAUAACUACUUUUAAGUAAUUAAAUAUUUAUACGUAAAUGUUGCUGUUUAUUUUAUUGUGUCCUUCUCCUCCACUUAUACUUAAACAAAAUGAAAAUGUGAAAAUUUAUAAUUUUGCUUUUUAGCCAACAAACUGCAGUUGCUAUUGUAUUUGUACGAAAAUUACUAUUUAUUAAUGCGGGUAACAUUCUUUGCGCGUUACACGUGCUUUGGUGAAUUCAUUUGCAAAUUCUUACGACUAAAAUGAAGCAAAAGUAAGCAGCAAAGUGUAACAAAUCAAAAAUUGUCUAUUUUGCAGCAAAUGGAAAUUUUUGAAGAAACAAUGCAAGUGAGACAAUGAGCAAUACAAUUUAAUACGAAAAAAAAUAAACUGCGCCCUCAGAAUUUUUGCGUGAGUUACAAAUUCGCGGUUGAGAUUGUCAACUAAUUAUUCAAUAUAAUAAAAAUAUUAAAAAAAAAAAUGUAAAUUAUAAAAAUGUAAAAAAAUAAUAAAAUAU